AUGAAGGAAACCGAGAAAAUAGAAAAAGAUAUAUUGAACGAAGGACAUUAUACUCAUACUACUGGCAAAAGCAACGUCGAAGAGAAGAACAAAAAUUGGAACGCCAACGAAGAGCGAGAGGCCGAAAAACAAAGAGAGAGGCAAUUUCAACAAGUUAACAAACUAAAAUAUGACAAACUUGAAAUGACGCGAGAAAUGAUUGUCGAUAUAGAAAAUAGUUUAGUGGAGGGAACCCUCGGUUCUUUAAUACGCGACCAUUUAGAACAGAAAAUGAUGACAAUCAACGCGUUUCAACACAAUGUUCCUGGAAUUAUCAAAUUUCGAAGAAAGGUUACAGCUGAGUGGAGUGACGAAUUAGGCGCCUUCGUACCAAUCCCAGAGACGAUUCAAGAAGAAGUUUAUAUAUUUUAUUAUUUAGAGAUUGAAACAUUUGUUCAAUUUAUAGAAAACGAUUCGUUACAUACACACAUCAGUAGUUUACAAAAGAUUUUUCAUAAUAAGAAACUUGUGUUGUUGAUAAAAGGUUUUGAUGGGUACUGUCGCAAGAAGAAAAUACAACAGAAUCGUACUUUCACUAAUGCUGUUCGGACCGGAAUAGAUCCUAGUGUUGAGAAUGACGGUCAAUCAAAAAAGAAGCAAACAAUUAUUAAAGGACCAGAUCAAGAAAAGAUAGAAGAAGAACUUAUCUGGCUACAACUUAUUGCCAAAGUUAUGAUCGUGCAUACCAAGGAUACUGAGGAAACUGCCGAAAUCAUAGGAAUUCUAAACAGGCAUUCAACUAUCAAGUCAUUAUAUGAUGCGUAUAAUGGAUGUCGUACUCAAGAAGAAGCAGAGAAUUUGUUGACUGAUGUUGAGAUUCCAAAUAACGGUUUAGGGCAUCGAAAUAGAUAUGUCAACAAAGCCUUGUCCAAAAGAAUAUACGAAAUAUUUAUGGGUAAUAAUGCGGAUACCAUUAUUUCUUAA